AUGGCGCUCACUCUCCAUUGCCUGGGGACGGGGGCGGGCCGCACGGCCGUCUAUGACGGCGAGUGUAGCAGCUCGUGGGCUUUGGCCUACGACAGGAGACCAUUCUUCCUUGCCGACCUGGGCCUCGGCGUGUGCAAACAAGCCCUCCGAUACCUAGGAGAGAUCCCGUCCACGAUUUUCAUCAGCCACAACCACAGCGACCACGCGGGUGAGCUGCCGGUCGUGCUGGCAGUCGAAGGACUGCAGAAGCGCCGGCCGAUGAGCGUCAUCGCCGAGCCCGAAGUGUUAGCCAGGCUACGGGUCUAUCGGAUGCACGAGUUGCUCAGCACCGGAAUCGACAUGAGCGAGUUUGCGACCUGGGUCCCGGCGCCGGAAGGGUUUCGGGUGGGCAUCCAAAGCGAGGCGGGGCUGGUGCACCUCACCACCCACCGGGCACAGCACAGCGAACUCUGCUUCGGCGCCCGGCUGGACAUUGGCAGCCUCUCGGUCGGCUGGACCUCCGACAGCGGCUUCUCCCCGUCGCUCCUCGGUUCCCUGAACUGCCCAAGCCUGCUGCUCAUCGACGCCCGCAAGGUUGGCGGGCAUGAGCACGCCAGCUUCAAGGAGAUUGCAGAGUACGUUGCCAACAACGAGAACGUGGAGUUCCUGGGUGCGCCGGUUGCCGGGCACCUCUUCACUCCCAGAGAGGGCAUUUGCCAGCUCGCAAUCAUCGGCUACGGCUCUUCAGCCGAAGCUCCUGCCAGAGCCGAUGGCAUCCCUUCGAGUGCCGUGCUGUGGCCGGGGCAGGUGAUCGUGCUGAAGCAAGCGCCGACGCAGCGCAACUCCGUCGCCUUCAUCGCGGGCUUCCUCUGCGGCUACGUGUGCUCCCUGUGCUCCGAGCAUCUUACACCGAGCCGCGAUUGA